AAUUCAGAGAUAAAAGAGCAAAUCAGUUCCCUCGUUGACAGUCCCUUGCCAGUCCAACAUCUCUUCAGCUCCGAGACGAGUCGGCGUCUCUUUACGUCUACAUGAAUCAUCCCUGCUCGUUGCUGAUCUUCUUUUAAAAAUCGAAGACUUGAAGUGGUUUACUUGAUACUCAUUCUUCAACCGAAGCUCUCAUUGAAUCAUACUAACUGAAACCUGAUGGCGGCGUAUAGAGCUGACGAUGACUACGAUUAUCUCUUCAAAGUCGUUCUCAUCGGAGACUCCGGUGUCGGAAAAUCUAAUCUGCUUUCCAGGUUCACUAGGAACGAGUUUAGUCUUGAAUCUAAAUCCACAAUCGGUGUUGAAUUCGCCACCAGGAGUAUUCGCGUUGAUGAGAAGAUCAUCAAGGCUCAGAUUUGGGAUACUGCUGGCCAAGAAAGGUAUCGUGCAAUCACGAGUGCUUACUACAGAGGAGCUGUUGGUGCUUUGAUUGUGUACGACACAACACGCCAUGUAACCUUUGAAAACGUUGAAAGAUGGUUGAAAGAGCUCAGAGAUCACAGUGACUCAAACAUUGUGAUAAUGUUAGUAGGAAACAAAGCAGACUUGCGUCACUUACGUGCAGUUUCCACAGAAGAUGCAAAGACAUUUGCAGAAAAAGAAAACACGUAUUUUAUGGAGACAUCUGCUCUUGAGGCCAUGAAUGUGGAGGAUUCUUUCACUGAAGUUCUUACACAGAUAUAUCAUGUGGUAAGCCGAAAAGCACUCGAUAUUGGGAAUGAUCCUGGGGCUUUGCCUAAAGGGCAAACAAUUAAUGUUGGAUCAAAAGAUGAUGUUUCUGCUGUCAAGAAAGUUGGUUGCUGUUCUAGUUGAUGAAAAUGGGGGAGAAUGAGGAUCAAGAUUUUUGAAGUUUCUGGUGAUAUGUUUGAUAUCAGGUUAGUUUUUGAGCUUUUUUAACAAGAAAUUCAGUAGACGAGGCUGCUGGUAUUACUUCAAAAUUUUCUGGUCUUUUUGUAUUAUUUGAUUUGUUAACUACUAUGGAUCGGAUCAUGU